AUGUGUUGCGUGCCGGGCUUCAGCAGAGGUGUUUUCCAUUACAGGAGGCUCAAUGAGAGAGAGAGAAUUGGAGAACUGGGGGCACCUGAAGUCUGGGGACUGUCACCAAAGGUUCCUGACCCGGAUUCCGAUGAGCAUACACCGGUAGAAGACGAAGAGGCAAAAUCCAAGAGUAGUUCUUCAGAUUCCAGCUCAGAAGAGGAAAAGAAGAAAAAGAAGAAGAAAAGAAAGAAGAAAAAGCGGAAAGCAUCCAAAAGAAAACGCCGAAAACAUUCUGAGGACAGUGACAGCGAGUCGGAUUCUGAGCAGAACUCCACUGAUGAAGAUAAAAAGAAAAGCAAAAAGAAGAAGAAGAGAAAGAAGAAGUAUAAGAAAAAGAAAAAUAAGAGGAGCAGGAAGGAAUCCAGUGAUUCAAGUAGUGAAGAUUCUGAUGAUGAAACACGUCAAGGGGAAGAUCUCUGGAUUGAGAGAUCGAAAAAUACAGAAGCUGAUAGCUUGAUUGGACCAGAAGCUCCCAAAACUCAUGCAUCUCAGGAUGAUCGGCCCUUGAACUAUGGACACGCCCUCUUGCCUGGUGAAGGUGCAGCAAUGGCAGAGUAUGUAAAAGCAGGAAAACGUAUACCACGGCGAGGUGAAAUCGGCUUGACCAGUGAAGAAAUUGCAUCAUUUGAGAGCUCUGGUUAUGUCAUGAGUGGCAGCAGACACCGCCGGAUGGAAGCUGUGCGUCUGCGUAAAGAGAACCAGAUUUACAGUGCAGAUGAGAAGAGAGCUCUGGCAUCCUUCAACCAAGAGGAGAGGAGGAAAAGAGAGAAUAAGAUCCUUGCAAGCUUUCGAGAGAUGGUCUACAGAAAGACUAAGGGCAAAGAGGAAAAAUAAUUCUUUGAACUGUAUGCUGUAGGUUCUACCAGGCAGCAGCUAACCUGUUCCAGUCCUGAUUUUAAAAAAGCAAGUGCUGCAGUGCCUUUCACCCAACAGGGCUGAGCCUCAGGAGUGGGUUACUUGUAUCAAGGAAACAGAGUUACUUUUGCCAGAUUUUCUUGGAUGAUUUAUUCAUCACCUGCAAGGAAUCCCUGUCAAGUGAAAGGCUGGAAGGCAGGAACAGCCAAGGAAGAUGAGAGGUGGCAAUGCUCU